CAAACACCAAAUGCGUGAUGGAUUGCGAUUAGGAGCGAGAAGUCGACAGGAAUUGCUGAACAGUGGCAUAUUCAAAUCGUCGCGCCUUCUCAAUUUUACGAUCGUUGAAUAAACAUACAGGCAUAAUUAUAGACAUUUUUACUAUCAUUUUGGUAAGGCUUGCAUGCUUUAUGUUGCAUGUUGAUGACAAUUAAGACCAUUAAUUGCAUUUGUAACUUUUUUACUUCGGAUACAGUAUCACUGGACUGCCACUAGUUUUUCCUGUUUUAUAUUACUCUGAUGCCGAGGACAUCCAAUUAUUGAUUGAAUAAUACUACAAGGAAAGAGGGGCAUUAAUGUUCCUCUAAGCGAUUAAAAAGGGGUAUCAUUACGAGGCGGACGAGUGAGGAUCCUUUCGAUUGACACUCUUACUGGACACAAGCAGACGACACGGAAACAAAUUUUAGUAGCUUUUAGCCCGGCAAAUAUACGCCACAUUUUAAGUGGGUUAAAUCUGGAUACAUGUCAGACGCCAUGUGGGACUCGACCGAAGAGUCGGGUGAAUUCACGCCCGAUCCGGAGGCGAUGCUGGACGAGGCAGUCGCUGAGGCAGCUCGAUGGAUCAAGGACGUCACCUAUCGCGACUUGACGGAUCCGAAGGACCUUCAGAAGUCCCUUUUGAAUGGAGUGCUCCUCUGCGAGUUACUAAUGGCCAUCAAAAGAGGAUGUGUAAAAAGGCCAAACAGAUUUGCAACACAGGAAAAUCUGAAAGAGUUUUUUAGGGGGUGCAAAGAGGAACUAGGAUUAGACCCUUCCAAACAACUAAUAUUCAGUGUAGAUGAUCUCCAGAGUUCAUCAAGGAGAAUAAGCUGGGCUCCAUCUUCAACAACAUCUGCAAAAACAGACAGGGAAAAGCUUAAAAGUAUUGUGACUACCAUCUACUGGAUAUCAGAAGCUGCCCUUCAGCUCCCGUCAUACUCAGGCCCCAAGCUUGACACAUACGCCUUCGAAUCUGUCAUAUUUGGAAUAUAUUCUCCAAGAGAAGAACCCAAACCUGACAUCAGGGAUCAGGAAGAGAGCCAAUCAGACAGCGUCUUCGAAGAGGACAAUACCAACAGUUACAUUGAUCUGCCCGAGAAGAUCGAGUACAAGGAGCCAGCGUGGAAGAGGGCACUCAAGGCACUCGAGGUUGAGGAUACAGAAGCACCUGUGAAACCACUUCGAGGGAUAGAAACAGAAUCGGCCCCAAGUAACGGGUGGGAGAAUCCAGGAACGAUCCGUGGUGCUAGAGACGAGGCAGUCGUCCCAAACGGAGAGAGGACAUCGUCUUCUAAUGACGUUGAUGAGGUCGUGUUGAGGCAGCCCAGUGCAGUCCGAUUACGCAGAAUGGAGCGCAAGCUAGGAAAGAAGGCGGGGCCGGCCGCAUCGGCCAAGCCCCAUUCCCGAAGCCUUAGUUUGCCAGAGACGAGCAAUACUUUGAUCAUGAGGCAAAAUGCCUUGGACUCGAACCACAAUAGUGCAACGUUUGAGGAUUUAGAUGAUGAUGAAGAAGAUUCCGGCAUGUGGAGAUCGAGCUUCAAGUCCUGGAAAAUGAAAAGGAAUGAAGUGACGUCUACUGUCUUGGAGAGAAAAGCCUUCAGAGAGGAAGUCGACACAAUGGAGCACAACAAAGACAAAAAGAAACCCAAGACAUUCAGAGAAAUUGUGGAAGAAAAACAAAGAAGAGAGAAUAUCCUUGCCAAGAAAUCAAUGAAGAAGGAGCUGGAGAAGGAUGAGAUCCAUGCCAUCCUCACAUCGGUGGAUCUCAUCCCUUCAUCAGACUCAGAGGAGGAGCAGGAGGAGCCACAGAUCCAGGUGGAGACUCAGCAGGAGCAGCAGUCCCACCUGGAGCCCGUUCAGGAGCCCCACCAGCAGGAACGGGCCAGUACCCUGCCUAUCCGGGGCAAGAGGGCAACCCUUCCCGCCUCCUCGGCGCCCCACAAACCCUACCCCAUCACAGCUUCCAGUACUGUACCCACCAGCUCUAAACCACCCCCUUCCGUUGCCCCUAAGCCCAAGUAUCGACCCAGUGCAGGUGCCUUCCAGCCGUACCGACGCAGCCAGUCUCUAAAAGAAGGAGCUGAUCUCCCAGACGGCGAAGACCACCGCACAUCAGCAUCUCCCACAGCUACCACCCCCUCAGAAGAAUCUUACCCCGCCCACUCCUUCCACGAGAAGCUGCUGCGGGACAGGGAGAGGGAUCGGGAGCGGGCGGAGGCUGCCAAGGCGAGUCAGGACCACGCCAGGAAACCAAAACCCAAGCGUAUGAGCAUGGGCAUUAUGGGAAGGAUCGCGGCCUUCAACAGCGGGGACGCCUUCAAGAAGAAGGGCGGGGAUAGCGACGAAGAGGAGGUAUCGUCGUCUUCUUCCUCCGCUCGCCUGCCAGCCCAGCCAGCACAGGAGAUGGAUAGCUAUGUAGAGCAUGUUAUCAAUAUGCAGAGGAGACCAAGAGCACAAGGAGGGUUCGGAUUUACAGUCACAGGCGGUAUUGACAAGAAAAAACCCAUCGUCGUCAAAGCCAUUGAUCCAGGGAGCACGGCUGGUAUGAGUGCCUUGAAGAUAGGGGACGAGAUCACUGUCAUUAACAAUGAGAGAACAAAGACGUUUGAUCAGGAUGACAUACAAUAUAGCAUCAGCCAGGCCGUCUUGUCUGGCCAUCUCAUACUCAAAGUCAAGCGAUAUGAUAGUGAAUCCAAUCAACUCAGUUCAGGAUCACCAUCAGCAACCCACCGAGGCGUGGCAGAAAGGAGAUGGGAAGAAGAGAGGAGGAGAAGAGAAGAGGAGGAGAGAGAAGAGGAGGAAAGACGGAGGGAGGAAGAGAGGCGAAGAGAAGAUGAAAGGCGAAGGAAGGAGGAGAGACGGAGGGAAGAGGAGAGACGAAGAGAAGACGAGAGGCAACGUGAAGAAGAGCUGCAGAGGGAAGAGAAGAGGAGGAAAGAAGAAGAAGAAAGAUGGAGGGAAGAACAGAGGAGGAGGGAAGAGGAAGAGAUGGAGAGACAGCGGGAGGAAGCAAGGAGGUUGCAGGAAGAGGAGAAUGCUCCUGUUUCAUCAUCAAGGAAUGUUCUCUCAAAAGCUAAGCAACUCCUGGAUGAUUUAGGAGAUGAAGAGACUAGUUCGGAUGAGACCCCACGGCGUGGGACAGAAAGGGCGUAUACAAAUGGAAAUUCCAUGAUGAGCCCUUCAGGCUCGUGGACAGAGUCUGAUACUAACAAGCCUCCCAUGGACACCAUAGAUGACUUCCCUGCCCCGCCCCCAUCCCUAUCCCCAGCCGACCAUAACCGCCAAUCCUCUCCAUCGCCCUCGGCCUCUCCUGUCCCGUCCCUACCCCUCUCUGAGACCCUCCCCUCCAAUGGGUCUGGGGAUGGGUCGGCACUCAUCACCAGCAGCCCCACCCCUGAUGCAAUUAUGCAUCGCGAUGGUGAUGUUAGUGAAGGGGAGGGUGAGGAGGAGGGGUUAGAGAAGGAGUACGAGAAAGUCCUCCAGACUCAAGAGGAGCUUAACGAUACCCUAGGCACGGAAGAUUCUUUCUUUGCCUCUGAGGGCACAAGAGAUGAUGAUGAUAUCUCCUCCCAAGAUGAGAGAUUAGAAGAAGAGAUCAUGGACAAGCUUCAACUGGAGGAGAAGGAAGAAGAUGACAGGGAAAAGUUCCAUCGGAUGAUAGAGGAGGAUGAGAGAGAUAAAUCCCCAGUCAAAGAGUUCUCCAUCACAGCAGAUGUGCAGAAGACAGAAGAAUCGGCCCCAUUCAAGAGUAGCUUCUCCAUCAAACCUGCUUCGGGAUUCAGGAGUGUCCAGGCACCCAAACCCUUUGUCAGCAACAAAGGCCCACAGCCAUACAGACCCCAGCCAGCUCCGUCCUUGACGUCAUCAUCGCAGGAGGAUGACAUCCGAGAGCGGGUCAAGAAGGAACGCUCUGACUUCUUCCGUAAGAACUCUGAUCCGAAGGACAUGCCCGUCUUUGGUUAUUCAGCUUCUGAAGAGUCUUUGAGGGUGGAUGACAAUGUGGAGAACCUCUGGAGACAGGUGGAGCACCCUAGCCAGGAGACAAGUCAUUCUCUUGGAACCACCGACGUAACUUCAGGGGUGCAAAGGAGACAGAACAAGAGUGACGUGGAUCCAGCUAACAGGAGAAGCUUCAACUUAGAAGAGGAGCGGCAGAGGCUAGAGAAGUGGCAGAAGGAGCAAGAGAGGAUCCGACAGGAGCAGUAUGAACAGGAGCAGAGGAGACUCCAGGAAGAGCAGGAGAAGGAUCUUCAGAGGGCGGAGUAUGAGAGCAGGAGGAAGCAGGAUAUGGAGCAGCGCGCCAUGCAGGAGAGACGGAGAAUGCUGCAGAAGAAAGCCCAGGAGGAACUGAAGAAGAGGGAAGAGGAAAUGCUGGAGAGGGAACGAAAGGAACGAGAGAGGAGGAGACUGGAGCAACUGGCUAGGGAAGAGGAGGAGGAGAGGAAAAGAAGAGAAGAAGAGCGCUUGCGAGAAGAGCGGGAAGAGCAGGAACGAUUGGAGAGAGAACGCAUUGAGAGAGAAGAGGCUGCAAGGAGACGGGAGGAGGAGCUACUUCUCGUUCAAAGACGGAGAGAAGAAGAGAAGAGGGAGAAGGAAAUGGAAAGACAGCGGAUAAGGCAAGAAAGGGAAGCCAGGGAAAGGAAAGCUCGGGAAAAGAUAGAAAGGGAAAAGGAGGAAUAUGAACGUUUAUUGAGGGAACGGGAAGAAGAAAGGGAACGUCUUGCUAAGGAAAUGGAAGAAAGGGAACGGACUGUUAGGGAGCGGGAAGCAAGGAAACGCGAGGCACAGGAGGAAGAAGAGAAACGUGUUAUGAAGGAGCGGGAGGAAAGACAGCGGUCUGCCAAAGAACGAGAAGCUAGGCUACAAGCUGCUGUUGAACAAGAGGAAAGAGCUCGAGCCAAGAAGCCAUUCACAGAUGAAGUCAUCAGGCCACAGGUCCAGCAGUAUCAAGAAUCAGCACCACCUCCAUCACGUCAUCACCAUCAACCCGACGAGGAUCUCCUCCGAAGAAUCCGGGAGGAAGAGAGGGAACGCAUCAGACUGGAAGAGCGCGACAGGCUUCGGAGGGAGUGGGAGCAGCUCGAGCAGGAGAAGAAAGAACAACUGGAGAACCAACGGAAGGAACGUGAGGAGAUAGAACGACUUAGGCAAGAGCAAGCUGAACUCAAGAGGGAACGAGAAAAAAUUACCCUUCAACAGCAGGAAGAACUUGAGCGCUUGGCCAAGCAGCGAGAACUCUACUCUAAAUCUAUGAACAAUGUUUUUGAUAAUGAAGAUGUAGAAAGGAAAAAUAACUACAAUCGGAGGAAACAGCAUGGAUCUGAAGAAGACCUGAGGAAACCACACUUGUCGAAACCCCUGGGAACGGACAUCAUGGAAGGAAGGAUGGUUCCAGAGAGAGAUUCCCAACCGGUGAAGUCAUACAUGGCAAAGUACAAAGAUGAGAACAUUCCAACGGAGCAGCAUUGGCUUGUUGAGGAGGCUAAGAGACGCCAGCACGGCCCCUUGGUGUCCGGCAAGGAUAUCAACUCUCUCCCUAUCCACCCCAGGAAUGAUAGCUUGGACCAUGAACCUGUCCUGGAGAAGAAGGUGUUCAACCAGGAGCAUGCAGCACCCCCAUCAUCAAGCACCAAUCACAACAACGCUAAUAGCCAUGGAAAGGACUAUGUGAAAAAUGAACCUGUUGGCUUCGAACAAGAGAUUCCCACUCGUAUCCCACCACCAAACAGAGCCCAGGGCUCUGCCCCACGGACAAAGCAACCAACUCACCCCCACGAAGAGCCGUCACCAACGUACUCUGACACCAACAGAUGGGACGCACCCCGCCACCAUUACGAAACCCAGCCGGAGUUCAAGCAUGUGCAGCGGCGCAUGCAUGGCGGUCAGGGAGACGCCGAACGCAAGCAGAAGAUGCACAAUCGUCGCUCCAUGCCAGACUUGACGCAGGAUCAGGGGUUCGCUGCUCCCGUGACGCGGAUUAUGGAUGAUCAGCGCAUCCCUCGUGGGCCUGGAGGUGGGCCUGCCGCGAGAGGAGUGGGACCACCCUCGCCCCAUCACGGGCAGCCAAGGGGACAACCUCCACCUCAGCAUGGGGCACUUGGAGGGGACCAGAGGAGGCAAGGUCAGGCACCUGACAGCUUGAUCCAGCCUCAUGAUCAUCGAAGAACGGGCCCCAAGAGCCCGCCCACCCAAGUAAGAGCCAAUCGGGGUCCUCCUCCCUCCUCACCCCAAGGGCGUGGCCCACCCAGACAACAGCAACAACAGCGACCACCGGCGCAACAUGCCCCAGGGAGGGGUCCUCCGGGCCAAAGGGCGUCGGCCUUUCAACAGCCCAGUAAGAAACCCCUUCCCGGUCGGUCCGUCAGCGGCAAAGUCCAGUGCUCGAAUUGUGGCAAGUCGCUGGGGAGGGGUGCGGCCAUGAUCAUAGAGUCUGUGGGCCUACAUUUUCACCUUGAGUGCUUUAGGUGCUGUGUCUGCAACAUCCAGCUCGGAAAUGGAACUAAGGGUACUGAUGUCCGGAUCCGAGCCAACAAGUUACACUGUCAAAACUGCUACAGCAAUGACGCUGGAUUUGAAUUCACAGAAGUAUGACAGUGAUGAAUGAUGCAGUCAUCAUUGGAGUCUGAUCACCAAGACUAUGGGCAAGAGAGAGAGAGAGAGGGUGAAAGGAAGGUGGAGGGAAGGAUGAAGGGGGGAGAGGAAGGGAGGAGAAAGAAAUCAGAGAUCUAAGUAAUGUGAUAAAUGAUAUUGUAUUUAGAGGCUGCAAAGAAGGAAAAGUCCAGCUGGCAAUAUAUACUUGUUACAAGAAGUUAUACAUCCGUCACCAUAUUCUCCUACACAUGAUAUUAGUGAGUUUUUGCAACCACUAUGCAGACACUUUCUAGAAGGUUGAUAAUCAAUUGAAAAUGCCCGUCAAAUCACUAUGAACAGCUUGGACGUAAUUGUCAAAAAUUUGUAAACCAGGACAGCAGAUCGUCCUCAGAUACCGAGCUGAAGGAAAAUGGCAAAUAUGUCUUUUGUCCAAGACGUCACUGCCGUUUUGAUUCACCUAUUUGGACAAAGGGUGCAUUGUCAUGAAGGACUUUUUACAAUAGAUUCUCAACGUUCCAGAAAGUGUCUGUCGUGGUUGUGAAAACUCUAUUUAUACAGAAGAAAGACUUAGGAAAAAAGGUUGGCUGGAUCAUAUAAUACUAGUUUAUUUUGUGCUAGGUUGCAUUUUAAAUGAACCAUUAAUCAUUGAUCCUCUGCAAGCUGGUAUUCAAUUUUAAAAUAGCAUUUACCCCAGAGCAAUUUACACCUAAAGUCACUCGAAAUUAUUUUAGAUUGAAAAAGGUAACAUUUUAUGAUUUUUUUUCAAUAAUUAUGUGAUCACUUGACCCCCAAAUCAUUUUAAGUAUCAUCAUUUGUUGCUCUUUAAUUGAUAGUGAACAAGAGAAGUACAUCAUAAUAUAGAACAGUUAAAAUGUGUUUUUACUCCAGCUUUUCUUUGAAAUAUGGUAAUACAUGUACUUUCAGAAAUAGGUGGAUGUCUUUGUAUGAUUCAGUAUGAACAUUUUCUAUUUUGUUGCUGCAGUCUUCAAGGAAACUAAAUGUGUCUUAUAUAAUAUAUCACUGAAAUGCGGGAAAACAAGGAUUCUAAUUGUGUAUUCAGAAUUUUAUUCAGAGCAGGAUUUGGCUUAAGUAUUCAGUGAAGUAUUCAGAGGAAAUGAGAGGAGAGAGAGAAAGGGUGAAUAAAGGGGGAGAGAUGCUUUGAAAUUCUUUCCAAGAAAAUCAGUGCUGCCAUUUAGAUUCGCAUUAACUUGAUUAACUUUUUAAAUUUUAAGAAAUGUAUUUCAAACACAAUCAUAUAGGUAUUCAGGUUCUUAAUUUUUCUUACACAUUUUCACUUUUUUGUACCCUACUUAAAUUUCAAGUUAAGCUGACAAUGCCGUCACUAAAUUUUUUACAGGCAUGUGUAUCAUAAUGGAUACUACUUAAAAAGAAGACUUUAUAGGUAGCUGAAAAAAUUCAGUAAAUAUUCAAUACAAAGAUAUUUUGGUACCUGAUACUUAAAAAUUUUGUAGAAUUUGUACUUCAGAUUUCAUAGAUAUAAAGCAUGUUUUGUUUUUAAGAAGUAUUUUUAAUGUAUAUUCAUAAGAUUUUUAAAUAUAUCAUUAUCCUUUUUGCAAUUGGUUCAGGGAAUUUAGUGGAUACCAAAAAUAAAACAUGGCAUGGUGUAAUAUGGAGUUUUAUGUAGUCAUUAAUUUCUUUGUUUAUGGUAUACAGCUCGAGACAUAUUCUUUUAGUUAGGUGUCUAAAUGAUAAGGUUGUUAUAUUUCUCAAACAUUUUAGGAAAUGCAUGUACAUUCGAUAUAUUCGAUAUAAAGCAUGCUGAUGAAAUAUACAUAUUUCCUGAAAGAUCUGUGUACGUAGAUAUUUGUCAUUUUAAAAAUGAUCAGAAGAAUAGAAGAAACAAUAUUAUGUAAUUUAUUUGCACGGUUACAAAUGGCAUACUGUACAUGUACAUUAGUGUGUGAUAUGCUAGUGUUGUAUCCUAUUUAAAACGAGCUCAUUUUUAUUUAAAGAUCAUAUUCAUCUUUAUAUGAUAUACAGCACUGCAUAUUUGAUAUUGGUGAUUUAGUCUUGAUUGUAACGUUUCAUUCAGCAGUGUUAUUUUGAUAUAUGGUAUAUUUUGAAAUUGCUGAUGUGUAAGUAUCGUACCAGUCAGCUUUCAAAUAUUCCACAAAAAGAUGUGGAAAUGUGAACAUUGUGAAGACAGAAUUCAAGCAAAUGGUCACUCCUUCCUAAUCUUCCCUUUCACAGAAAAUAUGAAUUUUUUACAUCACCGAUACAGUUUACAACACAGAUAUUGAAACAAUACCACUCACUAUUAGCUCUUAGGCUACGUUAGCAAAAUUAUAGCACCUAGUCUUAUUCCAGACCUCCACCAUAAUUGAAAGUGUUUGAUAUUAUCAUAUCAAAUUAAAUUCUAGUUUGAGAUAAUUUUGCAAAUCAAAAUUAAUAUAUUAGUCUUCAAUCCAUAAACAUCCUGUUGAAUAGGAUUUCCAGUUUAUUUAGAUUGUGUAUAUUGAUAAUAAUGUUGGCUGAAAAGAGAAACUAUAUUAUGUUUGUGUAUUUAAAACUCUUAUGAACACCAGGUUAUGAAGUUCAUAGAUGUCAUUCUUUUACUCUCUAAACCUCGCAAUACUGAUGACUUGGCAGAAACCGAACUAUAAAAGAAAAAAUGAAAUUCCUAGAGUUAUCAGUGUGAGGUUAGACACUUUUAAUAGCGAAUAUAUUCCUAAUCUAAGGUGUUUUAACUUUAGGUAUUCACCCCUUGAUAUAAGAAGACUCAAUUCAGUUGACAUCUUUUCGCCUAAAAAAUUUGGUUACCGGUACAUGUUUUUAUAAAGUUGUUGGACAGAAGUGCCUUGGUCUACUGCAUCUAGACUUUUUACUACCGCGUUUGACUUUUCACCUUAUUCUAGUUGCAAAUGUUUUUAACAGAUACAUGUAGAUCAUAUUGUAUGUGAAACAAUUAUUCAAAGAUAUGCUAUAUUCCCCCAUCCUACAAUAUGAAUAGCGAGUUUAUUGAUUACCAUAUUGUGUAAUAUACAGAAAAAUGAGAAUUAUAUCGGUACACCUGUUGUACAGAUGAAAAGCUUUUUCUAUUGUAAAAAGAAAGAUAACAAAAGAAAAAAUUGUUGCAUUUUUACAAAUUGUAAUAAAAAAUCAAAUGCUGAUCGGUGAGAAGGGAAA